GCGGCUGAGGGGGCCGGGCCGGGGCUGCGGGGCGAGCGGCGCGGCGGGGAUCCGGCAGCGCGGCCCGGGACGGCGAGGCUCGGCACGGCGAUGGCGGCGCGCUCGGCGCAGGCAGAUCUGUGACGCAGCCCCACUCGCAGCCGGUGAGCCUGCCCACCAUGGCAAGCCCCACUCUGAGCCCCGACUCCUCGUCCCAGGAGGCCCUGUCGGCCCCCACCUGCUCCCCAACCUCGGACUCCGAGAACCUCAGCCCCGAUGAGCUGGAGCUGCUGGCCAAGCUCGAAGAGCAGAACCGGCUCCUGGAGGCCGACUCCAAGUCCAUGCGUUCCAUGAAUGGCUCCCGGCGGAACAGCGGCUCCUCGCUCGUGUCCAGCUCCUCAGCCUCCUCCAACCUGAGCCACCUGGAGGAGGACACGUGGAUCCUGUGGGGCCGGAUCGCCAACGAGUGGGAAGAGUGGCGGCGCAGGAAGGAGAAGCUGCUCAAGGAGCUGAUCCGCAAGGGCAUCCCGCACCACUUCCGGGCCAUCGUGUGGCAGCUCCUGUGCAGCGCCACGGACAUGCCCGUCAAGAACCAGUACUCGGAGCUCCUCAAGAUGUCCUCGCCGUGCGAGAAGCUGAUCCGCAGGGAUAUCGCCCGCACCUACCCGGAGCACGAGUUCUUCAAGGGCCAGGACAGCCUGGGGCAGGAGGUCCUCUUCAACGUCAUGAAGGCGUACUCCCUGGUGGACCGGGAGGUGGGCUACUGCCAAGGCAGCGCCUUCAUCGUGGGCCUGCUCCUCAUGCAGAUGCCCGAGGAGGAGGCCUUCUGUGUGUUCGUGCGGCUGAUGCAGGAGUACCGCCUGCGCGAGCUCUUCAAGCCCAGCAUGGCCGAGCUGGGACUCUGCAUCUACCAGUUCGAGUACAUGCUGCAGGAGCAGCUCCCGGACCUGAACACUCACUUCCGCUCCCAGAGCUUCCACACGUCCAUGUACGCCUCGUCCUGGUUCCUCACGCUCUUCCUGACCACCUUCCCGCUGCCCGUUGCCACCCGUGUCUUCGACAUCUUCAUGUAUGAGGGCCUGGAGAUCGUGUUCCGGGUGGGCCUCGCCCUGCUGCAGGUGAACCAGACAGAGCUGAUGCAGCUGGACAUGGAGGGCAUGUCCCAGUACUUCCAGAGGGUGAUCCCCCGGCAGUUCGACAGCUGCCCAGACAAGCUGAUCCUGAAGGCUUAUCAGGUCAAGUACAACCCCAAGAAGAUGAAGAGGCUGGAGAAGGAGUAUGCAGCCAUGAAGAGCAAGGAGAUGGAGGAGCAGAUCGAGAUCAAAAGGCUUCGCACCGAGAACCGGCUCCUGAAACAGCGGAUUGAGACCCUGGAGAAGGAGAGCGCUGCUCUGGCUGAUAGGUUAAUCCAGGGGCAGGUGACACGCGCGCAGGAGGCCGAGGAGAACUACGUCAUCAAGCGGGAACUGGCGGUGGUGCGGCAGCAGUGCAGCUCGGCGGCCGAGGACCUGCAGAAGGCGCAGAGCACCAUCCGCCAGCUGCAGGAGCAGCAGGUACCAGGCCAGGAUAACCCGCGCCUCACCGAGGACUUCGUGGCCCACCUGGAGACGGAGCUGGAGCAGUCGCGGCUGCGGGAGACAGAGACGCUGGGGGCCCUGCGGGAGAUGCAAGACAAGGUCCUCGACAUGGAGAAGAGGAACAGCUCGCUGCCCGACGAGAACAACGUGGCGCGGCUGCAGGAGGAGCUGAAGGCGCUCAAGGUGCGGGAGGGCGAGGCCGUGGCCUCGGCGCGGGAGCUGAAGCUGCAGCUGCAGGAGCUCUCGGACACCUGGCAGGCCCACCUGUCGCGCGGCGGCCGCUGGAAGGAGUCCCCGCGGAAGCUGGUCCUGGGCGAGCUGCAGGACGAGCUGAUGAGCGUGCGUCUGCGCGAGGCCCAGGCUCUGGCCGAGGGCCGCGAGCUGCGGCAGCGCGUGGUGGAGCUCGAGACGCAGGACCACAUCCACCGCAACCUGCUGAACCGCGUGGAGGCGGAGCGCGCGGCGCUGCAGGAGAAGCUGCAGUACCUGGCGGCCCAGAACAAGGGGCUGCAGACGCAGCUCAGCGAAAGCCGCCGCAAGCAGGCGGAGGCCGAGUGCAAGAGCAAGGAGGAGGUGAUGGCCGUGCGCCUGCGGGAGGCGGACAGCAUGGCGGCGGUGGCCGAGAUGCGGCAGCGCAUCGCCGAGCUGGAGAUCCAGAGGGAGGAGGGCCGCAUCCAGGGCCAGCUGAACCACUCGGACUCGUCGCAGUACAUCCGCGAGCUCAAGGACCAGAUCGAGGAGCUGAAGGCCGAGGUGCGGCUGCUGAAGGGCCCGCCGCCCUUCGAGGACCCGCUGGCCUUCGACGGGCUCGGCCUGGCGCGGCACCUGGAUGAGGACUCGCUGCCGUCGUCGGACGAGGAGCUGCUGGGCGUGGGCGUGGGCGCCGCGCUGCAGGACUCGCUCUACCCGCUGUCGCCGCGCGACGCGCGCUUCUUCCGCCGUCUGGAGCGGCCGGCCAAGGACAGCGAGGGCAGCUCAGACAGCGACGCCGACGAGCUGGCCGCGCCCUACAGCCAGGGCCUGGACAACUGAGGCCGCGCCCGCGUGCCCGGAGCCAGGGGGCCGCAGGCCGCGCGUCACAAACUCCGCCCGGCCCGAGGGCUAGGCCCAGCGCGCCAGGGCGCAGAGGGCGGGGCCCGAGUCCGAGGAUCGUCAGGGUCCCCGGCAGGCCCACCCUCCCCAUCAGUGUUUACCCAGCUUGGUCGUGGUCCUUCGGCCCCAGUUCCCCGGAGGUCCCGCCCCUCUUAACAGCGAGGGCCAGGGUCGACCAGGGGUCCCAGGACUGGAUGGGCAGGAAGUCCCCUCCCCCCAGCAGACCUCUUUCUGGGACAAGGGUGGCCCUGCUGGGAAGGGCCCAGGAGCUAAAGGAGGCCUGAGGAAGAAAGGGCAGCUCUGGGCUGGACAGUCCCACCCCCCAAUGCCCCUGGGGACCCUUGGCCGCUGGGGACAGAUGGCCAGGCUGUGCUUUCCUGCCUGGUGCAGGCAUCGUGGCCCCUGCAGCAGAAACCAAAGCCCCCCUACUGUGCAGGGCCACCUGGGGUGUGUGGCCAGCAGGAACCAGCCCAGGCCUGGGCACUGGCUGGCCCUGCUGCUCGGGGCCCAGAGCGGCUGGGAGGACGGCAUGAGACCCCCUCCCCAGUGCCCCCCUCUCCCUCUGUGAGACAUCCCAUCACCCCGGCAUGGCCAGUGAUGGAGGGGCUCCCCCUCCAUCUGCCCAGGCCAGCCUCCUCUCCAGGGCGUCCCAGCCUCCACUUCCCUCCUUCCCUGGGUCCCCAGCCCCACCCUCCAGCCCAGGCCAGGCCCCAGGGGAGGAGGCUUGCCAGCCGGGUACCUCCCGGAGCCUCCCCGUGGUGGCCCCGUGGUCUCUGCGGAGCCGGAGCCGAGAACGGUGCCAAAGUCCAGCAAUGCCCCCAGACCCUUGUCCCCGGGCCUCGUGACCCUCGGGGCUGCCCCUCUCGGUGCUCCUGGAGCCUCGAGCCGCGUCACGGCAGUCUCCCUGGCACCUCCAGGGUGGGCAUCCGCACUCAGUCCCCAUCCCCGGUCGCCCGCUCCUCAGUGUUACAAAGCCUGGGGACCAGUGUGGGCAUCUCGGGCUCUCACGUGUGCCCCCCACAAUGCCCACCAUCAUUUUGCACACUGCCUGUUCACACUCCACAUGUCGCCCAGGCGGGAAAGAUGGAAAAUAAAGUGUAUUUACACAGUCA